CGUCAGUUUCCCUUUCCUUCUCUGUCGUCGUCACCGAUCUCGGUCUACCCAGCCCUAAUGAGAUAAAUGGGUUGCACAUGAAAUGCCCUAACUUCUUCCCAUCCAUGCCUUUGGGGCUUCGAUCCCGCGUGAGGGUCUGAGUCGAUCCCUUGCUUCUUUCCGUUGCUGAGAAUCGGGCGCAGGGUUUCGAUUCUUGUACGAUCUGGUCUCGAUCGCAGGGGAGGAUGUCGAUGCACGAGCGGAAGACGAUCGAUUUGGAGCAGGGAUGGGAGUUCAUGCAGAAGGGCAUCACCAAACUCAAGAACAUCUUGGAGGGGCUCCCCGAGCAGCAGUUUAGCUCGGAGGACUACAUGAUGCUCUACACGACCAUCUACAAUAUGUGCACUCAGAAACCUCCUCACGAUUACUCGCAGCAGCUAUACGACAAGUACAGGGAAUCGUUUGAGGAGUAUAUCACUUCCAUGGUAUUGCCAUCUUUGAGAGAGAAGCAUGAUGAAUUUAUGUUGAGGGAACUAGUCAAAAGAUGGUUAAAUCAUAAAGUUAUGGUCAGGUGGCUUUCACGUUUUUUUCAUUACCUUGAUCGAUACUUCAUUGCACGAAGGUCGCUUCCUCCGCUGAAUGAAGUUGGGCUUACUUGCUUCCGUAACCUGGUUUACCAGGAGAUUAAAGGCAAGGUUAAAGAUGCUGUCAUCUCUUUGAUCGAGCAAGAGCGUGAGGGGGAACAAAUUGAUAGGGCUUUGUUGAAGAAUGUCUUGGACAUUUUCGUUGAGAUUGGAUUGGGUAACAUGGAUUGUUAUGAAAAUGACUUUGAAGCAUAUUUCCUUAAAGAUACAGCAGCCUAUUAUUCUAGGAAAGCUUCCAUUUGGAUUCUAGAGGAUUCAUGCCCAGAUUACAUGUUAAAGGUCGAGGAGUGCUUAAAACGGGAGAAGGAUAGGGUUGCUCAUUACUUGCAUUCUAGCAGUGAACAGAAAUUGUUAGAGAAAGUGCAACACGAGUUGCUAUUUAUAUAUGCGAGCCAACUUCUGGAAAAGGAACAUUCCGGAUGCCAUGCCUUACUUCGAGAUGACAAGGUGGAUGACCUCUCGCGUAUGUAUAGGCUUUUUUGCAAAAUACCUCAUGGCCUGGAUCCUGUUUCUCAAAUAUUUAAGCUGCAUGUGACCGCAGAAGGUACAGCCUUAGUCAAACAAGCAGAAGAUGCUGCUAGUAACAAGAAGGCAGAGAAAAGGGAUGUAGUUGGCCUGCAAGAACAGGUUUUUGUUAGAAAAGUUAUUGAGCUGCAUGACAAGUACUUGGCAUACGUGAAUGACUGCUUCCUGAAUCAUUCCCUUUUUCAUAAGGCUCUCAAAGAGGCUUUUGAAGUUUUCUGCAACAAGGGUGUUGCAGGCAGUUCAAGUGCUGAGUUGUUGGCCACCUUUUGUGAUAAUAUCCUUAAGAAGGGUGGAAGCGAGAAACUCAGUGAUGAAGCAAUCGAGGAGACAUUGGAGAAGGUUGUAAAGUUGCUUGCUUAUAUCAGUGACAAAGAUCUCUUUGCCGAGUUCUAUAGAAAGAAGCUUGCUAGGAGGUUACUUUUCGACAAAAGUGCUAAUGAUGAUCAUGAGAGAAGUAUUUUGACAAAGUUAAAACAACAAUGUGGAGGGCAGUUUACCUCAAAGAUGGAGGGCAUGGUGACUGAUCUAACCCUUGCUAGAGAAAACCAAGCUAAUUUUGAGGACUAUCUCAACAACAACCCUCAUGCAAAUCCAGGAAUGGAUCUAACUGUUACUGUUUUGACGACUGGGUUCUGGCCAAGUUACAGAACGUCUGAUCUCAACCUUUCUGCUGAGAUGGUUAAAUGUGUAGAAGUUUUCAGAGAGUUUUAUCAGACAAAAACCAAACAUAGAAAGCUUACAUGGAUAUAUUCUUUGGGGACAUGUAACAUCACUGGGAAGUUUGAGUCAAAAACCAUUGAGCUUAUUGUGACAACUUAUCAGGCUGCAGCCCUUCUGCUAUUUAAUGCCUCAGAUAGAUUGAGUUACUCAGAGAUCAUGACUCAGCUUAAUUUGACCGAUGAUGACGUAAUCAGAUUGCUUCACUCCCUCUCUUGUGCCAAGUAUAAGAUUCUUAACAAAGAGCCAAAUACAAAAUCCAUUUCUUCAAGUGACAUCUUUGAGUUUAACUCCAAAUUCACUGACAAAAUGAGAAGGAUCAAGAUACCUCUUCCCCCGGUGGAUGAGAAGAAGAAAGUAAUUGAAGAUGUUGACAAAGACAGAAGAUAUGCUAUCGAUGCCUCCAUUGUACGUAUUAUGAAGAGUCGUAAAGUUUUGGGUCAUCAACAGUUGGUUUUGGAAUGUGUCGAACAACUUGGUCGUAUGUUCAAGCCUGACUUCAAAGCAAUUAAGAAGAGAAUAGAAGAUCUGAUCACCAGAGACUAUUUAGAGCGAGACAAGGACAACCCAAAUCUUUUCAGAUACUUGGCCUGAUUCACCUGAUCUCCAGAGGAAACGCCCAUGCCCUUCACCUUUUCUUUCAUGAUUAAGACCAUGGAUGAUACAGCUGUGUCAGCCUGUUGGUGAAAUCUGUUGCUGUGUUCGCCUGACGUUGAUGGCCGGUUUUUGAGACUCGGGGAGGGGCAUCUUCCUUGUACAUUCAUCUUGAAACAAGGUGUAAGUACAUCAUCAAUUUCUGCACCAAAGAGAAGUACUUUGUAGCACAAAAUUCUCUAGUGUUAUGUUGCUCAUGACAUUGGAUAUUUCAUCGUGUGAUUUCUGACCUUGGCUUACAAUAAUUUUAUUCUCUUCUUUUGCUUCUAA